CGAAUACUGAGUGUGAUUUAGACCACUGGAUUCCGUAAAACGAGGAAAACUCAAAAUUAUUACCAUUUUUAUUUAACUCUAGAAAUAGUACUGUAACCCCAUUUUAUCUGCUUGCUUCUAAAGUUUAUGUUUAAUACAAGGUCAGAUAUAAAAACAGUGAAACACUAGACACGAAUAACCACGUGUUAUGAUUAGACCGAAUCACUUCCUACUUCUUCAACGGAACCCUAAAAUUAGUUCAAUAUGAUUCGAAACUCAAUUGCUCCGGCUUAGUGAUCAUCCAAAUAUCGUGCUUAAAGGUCGUAUAACAUGUUGGCAAACAAGGUGGUACUCGUGACGGGCGGUAGCUCCGGUAUCGGUGCAGCUGCUGUAAAAUUAUUCGCUAAGGAAGGCGCUUCUGUCGCCUUCGUGGGAAGAAAUGAAGCAAAGCUGAAGGAAGUAGAGAGCCGCUGCCAGCAGCAUGGAGCCAACGUCCUGGCCAUCAGAGCAGAUGUCUCCAAAGAUGAGGAAGUGAAUACGAUCGUACAACAAACUGUCGACAAGUUCGGAAAACUUGAUGUUCUCGUCAAUAACGCUGGUAUAGUGCGGUAUGCGAGUAUACUGGAACCUAAUUUGAUGAAGAAAUUCGAUGAAGUGAUGAAUACGAAUUUACGUUCAGUCGUUCAUCUUACUAACCAGGCUGCUCCACAUCUAGUGAAAACUAAGGGCAAUAUUGUGAACAUAUCUAGCGUGGUGUCGACAUCUAUCAAAGUUCCGGGAAUAAUGUGUUACAGCGUUUCCAAAGCUGGUUUGGACCAUUUUACAAGAGCUGCAGCAUUGGAGCUGGCACCUUCUGGAGUACGAGUGAAUGCUAUUAAUCCUGGACCAGUUAUAACAGACAUUAUAUCAAAUUCUGAUUUGUCUGAAGAACAAGUUCGCAACGCAAAUCCGGCGGCUAUGACUGUUACAGGCAGAUCUUCAGACGCUGAUGAAAUUGGUGAUUUAAUUUUGUAUCUAGCCAGUGAUAAAGCUAGGAGUGUCACAGGGUCCUGCUAUGUUAUCGAUAACGGAUAUUUAUUGAAAUAAGAGAUUGUAUUAUUAUUUUUUAUUGUAGUAAACUAACCUACUCCGGAUCAUCGAUGUCCAACUGAUUUUUGAGUUAAUAGUAAAGCAAUAAAGUAGAUUAUCCAUUAGUAAAGAUAGAUUGAGUUGGUUAAAGAUUGUGGAGUCUUUAAUUUUCAUUUUUUUUAAUCUAUGUAUGUUUAUAAUUAGGUUAGUUGUUACUAUAAUAUUGUUAAUGUUACAUGGACUUUGGCAUUUCAUAGCUAAUGGAUUUGACCUUGGUAUCUACAGAAAAAAAUGUUGAUAUAGAGGUAAAUUAUGAUGUCAUGUCGAGUUUUGUACGAAGUCAUGUCUAAGUACCUAUUGAAUGUAUCUACAUUGUCUGACACAUGAAUUCGUAUCUAUGAAGUCAGACAUUUAGGUAUGUUAUAACUGUAUUUUUAUUAUUAUUAAAUUACUAUUUGAAUCGUUGUUGUAUACUUUUUCAUCUAACCCUUGAUGGGAUUAAAUCGUUAUGAAAUU